AUGGAGAUCAAAGAUCACUUUGAGCUUAAGGCGCCAGCAGAAAUGAAGACGCCUUACUGGAACAAAGAUAAAAGCAAGUACUGUCAUUUCCACAAAGAUUGCAGUCAUGAAACGAAUGAGUGUAAGCUUCUGAAAAGAGCCUUGGAGGGCUUAGCUCGCAAGGGUAAAAUGAACUCCUAUUUACCUCAGGUAAGUAGAAAAUUCCAGAAAAAAGACAAUCGUCAAGGGAGAAGAAAAGAUGAUGAAAGCAUUGACGAAGAUGUAGUGCUAGUGAUUUCUGGAGGAUUUGCAGCAGGAGGUCCUACAAAUCGCGGCCACAAGAAUUAUUUGCGGGAACUCAGCCAGGUCAUGCUCACCAACCAGGCAGAGUAUGAUCCUUUCCCCAAAAUUGUGGUCAGCGAGCAGGAUCGUGGGAAGAUAAGAACACCUCAUGAUGACCCACUGGUUGUAGAGAUGAAAAUUGCAAAUCUCAGGGUAAGACGGAUCCUGAUUGAUACAGGGAGUACUACCGAUAUCAUCAGUGCGGAUUGGAAAGCUCAAGAGAAGGUUCCUCAAGAAGGCAGGCCGUCCAUACUCUUGCUGAGCAAGAAGAGGAAAUGCCUAGCCAUCAAGGAAGAGAAGGCUUCCUUGGAAGAAGUGAUGGCCAAUAUGGGCAUGGGACUAGAACGUCCACAACCGGUGGAAAGACCAGUAGAGAUUUGUCUAAAUGAAGAACGUCCAAAAAGGAUGCUAAAAAUAGGAAUAGUUCUAGGUUCUCAGACCAAAGACGAAUUGAUCACGCUGUUGAAGGAGUUUGAGGACGUUUUCGCAUAUACCGUUGAGGAGAUGCCGGGGAUUGAUCUCGAGGUUGCUGUGCACAAGUUGAACAUAGAUCCGGGGCAGAAGCCAGUCCGGCAAAAGAAAAGGCACUUGGGACCAGCCAGGAACCAAUCUGUUGAUCAAGAGGUCCAAAAGCUUUUAAAGUCAAAGUUCACCCGGGAAACCUUUUAUCCGGAUUGGAUUGCUAAUGUGGUCAUGGUCCCCAAGCCGAACGACACCUGGAGGAUGUGCGUUGAUUAUACCAAUUUGAACAAGGCUUGUCCGAAGGACAGUUUCCCGUUGCCUAUCGAUCGGUUGGUUGACUCCACGAAAUGUGUGUUUGGUGUAGUUGCAGGGAAGUUCUUAGGGUUCUUGGUCGAUCAACGAGGAAUUGAGGCCAACCCUGACAAAAUACAAGCAAUUCUAAAUAUGACUUUUCCAUCCACGAUUAAAGAAGUCCAGCGUCUGACGGGGUGUCUGGCCGCCCUUGGACGAUUUCUAUCUAAGUCUGGCGAUAAGUGUCAUCAUUUCUUCGCAACAAUAAAGAAGAAUGCAAAAUUUGAGUGGAAGGAGGAAGUAGAAGAAGCUCUUCAGCAAGUAAAAGAGCACCUUCGGCAAUUGCCCUGGCUUAUCAGCCCCGCUGAAGGAGAAAGAUUAUAUGUAUACUUGGCCGUAUCUCCAUUCGCGGUUAGUGCUGUUCUCUUAGCUGAAAGGGAAUCAGUACAAAUUCCCGUCUACUUUGUUAGCCAUGUGCUAAAAGAUGCUGAGGGCAGGUACUCAAUGAUAGAGAAGUUCGGCCUGGCACUGCUUAUGGCCAGCCGGAAGCUAAGACCAUAUUUUCUUGCUCAUAGUAUCCUCGUCUAUACUGAUCAGCCUUUAAAGCAAGUUUUGCAUAAGAUGGAUGCCUCUGGAUGA